AUGCAACCGCGUCCACAAUUGGAGGAAAAACAUGUGGCGGCACCGGCCAAGCCGCCGCGUUUAAGGAUCACAAAAGUCAAAUUGCCUGUAAAAAAACAGUUGCAAUUCGAGAGUCCGUUGCCCGGGCGGUCACGUGCAACACCAGCAGCAGCAGCAGCGGCGGCGGCGACAAUGACAGUAAAGACAACGACGCAAGAAACAACAAGAAAAACCACAAAAUCAAAGACGACGAAGAAAACGCAAUUGGAGACGAUAGCAGACGGCAGCGUACGGAAUGCGAAUGGGGAGGCGAAUGCGGAUGUGGCAAUAAGAAAUCGUCUCGCCGAGGGCUGCACCAGUCUAAUGUAUGCGUGUCAGCAGGGCGACAUUGUUCAAGUGCUCGCCCAGAUGCGCCUCAAGGCAACGCGCCGCCUGGAAGUACUCGUUAAAAUGUUCGCCAGCCCAUUGGAGUUCGAUAUCGUGCUGCGCGCCAAAAUGGCCAAUGUGAAUUUGCCCCAACUGCUACGGCAGCGUGACCGUAGCAACCGCAACGCGCUGCAUUAUUGUGCCGCGCAGGAUUUGGAGCAGACGCGCGACCUCGUGGCGGCCGCAAGCAUUGCGAUUGCAGCUCCAGAGCUGCUGGAGUCUGCCGACGAGGAUGGCUUCACGCCGCUUCACUUGGCUGUUAUUCAGGGCAAUUUGGCGAUGGUCAAUUUGCUGCUAGCGAACAAAGCCGAUGUGAACGCGGUGGACAAUGAAGGCCAUUCGGUGGUGCACUGGGCCACGGUAUGUGGCGAAAUUGAGGCAUUGCGGGCAGUUCUGGCAGCCGGUGCAAGUGUGGCCCAGCCCGAUGUUAACGGCGGUACGCCCCUGCACUAUGCGGCACAAAUGUGCGGCGCCAGCUACGACAACAAGCUGAAGUCCAAUUCCAGCAAGUUGGCCCUUGAGAUUCUUGGCAUACUGCUGGCCCAUCCGCAGAGCAGCGUCGAUGUUCAGGACAAGGAUGGACGGCAGCCGCUGCUGUGGGCCGCUUCGGCGGGCUCGGCCAAAGCGGUUAUAGCCCUGGUGAAGGCGGGCGCACGUGUAGAGAGUGCCGAUAAGGAUGGUCUCACCGCGCUCCACUGCGCUGGCUCGCGUGGCCACACCGAGUGCAUCGACACGCUGAUAAGCCUGUGUGGCGCGCCCACAGAUCUCAUAGACACCAACGGCUGCACGGCGUUGCAUUAUGCCGUGACGCUUGGCCAUGCGGAUGCCACAGCACGUCUGCUCGACUUGGAAGCGGAUCCCAAUCGGCAGGACCGCAAGGGGCGCACGCCUGCACACUGUGGCUGUUCCAAGGGCCAAUUCGAAACGCUAAAGCUGCUGAAGGAGCGCGGCGCUAAUCUUUGGCUGCGCAAUGCCAAAGGUGAUCUGCCAAUGCACGAGGCGGCCGCCUCCGGCCGACGUGAGCUACUCGAAUGGCUCCUGUCCCAACGACCCAAGCAGGUGAACACCACAAGCAACGACGGGCGCAGCCUGCUGCACAUUGCAGCUGCAAAUGACUACACGGACAUGUGCAAGCUGCUGUUGGACCACGGAGGCGAUGUGAAUGCGCUCUAUCGCAAUUCCCGGGGCCUUGUGCUGACCCCGCUGGACUGUGCACUGCAGCGUGGUCAUCGUUCCACGGCCAAGUUCCUGCAGUCGCAAGGCGGCCAGCCAUCCAACAAGCUGAGGCUGGCUGCUCGACGCGGCAAUCCCUUUCACGAGAGUAACGCAGCGGAUCUGGUGCGACCUCUAAAGUAUAUGGAAAAGGAGGAGCUGCACGAUCUACGUAGCUCCAAGAAAUACGUAGUGUAUCUCAAGCGCAGCGAUUCUGAUGGUGGCCUUGCUGCUGGCGGUGGGGAGGAGCAGGAGCAAGAUGAGUGCAGCUGCACGGAGCAGUCAUAUCGAAGGGAGCAGCGUCUGGUGCAUACAUGCCAGCGGCAUAAGCGGCGCCAGCUUCGCCGACGCACCAACAGUUGCGGCGAGGGCCAACAUAAGAAGUGCAGUGACAUUUGCCGCUCCAAGAGCAACAUUGAAAUCAGUCGGCGCUAUCAGUCCAGGGAGCGCUCUGCCAGCACCAGUGAUGGCGAGAACGACGAGGAUGACGAGGACUCCUGCGAGAAUUGCUGCUAUCACAAGCGCCAGAAACAGCGUGUCGUGCCGCGCAAGCGUUCUACACCCUCGCACAGGCCCAAGGAGCUGCCUGGCAGCGAGGAGGAUGGCAGCGAGCAGGGAAAGAGUUCGCCGAAGAAGGCCGAGCACAAAGUGUCCACAUCGCAGAAUAAACCUGACAGUCCACAGCCACCUCAAAUGGCAGGCAACGAUCAGACACAGCCAGCCACGCCAACAGCUACCAAGGAGGGCACCUUUAUCAAAUCGCCGCCCCAGAGCGCCAAAGGCGACAAGGUAGCAGCUGUGGAGCCGGACAACUUGAAGGUGGCAGAAGGCCAUGGCUUGGAGCUAACGGAUGAGGAGCAGGAAAUAGCCAAGUCAGUGGUUACCCAAGUGGAUGUCCAUCAUGAUGCAGAGUUGCAAUCCUCAAAGUCUUUCGAGGAGAUACCAGGAGGUGAAACGGCGACUGUAACCGCGACUACGCCUGCAGAGGCCGAGAGAGCUGCCAAGCACGAGCUAAGCGAGGAGGACACCAAAUUGGUCACCACUGAGGUCGAACAGAUGAUCACAAUAGCUGCCACGGCAUUGAGCAGCGAGUCAAAGAGCUCUACUGAAGAAGCAUCUGUCGAGAAUAAAUCGGAAACUGUAGAGCAAAUGCUGCCAUUGAAUAGCGCUAAGGAUAAUCCCAGUGGAGAUCCCGUAGCAUCUGCCGAACCAACCACUGCCAGCACGCCCUUACCGCAUCCAUCAGCUGACGCACCAGUUGCGAAGCCACCGACAACCGAGCAACCAAAUUUAGAGGCGCCGCCACAGCCGCAACCCUUAGAAACCGCAGCAGAGGCUGGCAAAAAAUUGGAGCACAUAGCGGUAGAGCCUGAAUGUGAGAAAAAGGCGUUGCCUCCGUCAUCUCCUCCCAAACCCCAAGAUGAGCCCAAUAAUCCACAGCAAAAGCCGACAGCCGCACAGACCACACGUCCGCAGUCCCAACAGCAACAACAACAGCAACAGGUGCAGCAGCAACAGCAGCAGCAGGAACAGCAUGAGCAACAGCCACCACAACGGGAACAGGAGUCAAGACGCUCCUUUACACUGCUGCCCUCCGACUCGGCUGAUGAUGAGCCUGCGGCUACUGUUGUGCCAGUCUCUGAUGAACCCGAACGUAAAUCGAGCUUCCAAGUGCUUAAGAGUGACGACUCCAUUGCCGAUUUGGAGGAUUCGCCGCGUCCACACGAUGUUAAGUACAGUGGCAGCAAUCAAGUCUUUCAAGUGGUGCCCGAUGGCACCGCAAGCUCCAAGCUGCCCAGUGCAUCCGAGCUGGACAAGCCUGACGAAUACGAAGAAUUUGAUGAUGCCGCAGACGAUGACGAUGCAGAUGACAUUGAUCCGGAGCACGACAGUGCCCUUCGCCGCUUUCUGAGCAGUGGAGCACGCCAUGGUGUUGGCGGCGAACAAGGUGCCACCAGCGACGCCACUGCAGCCGCUGGUGUCUAUGAUGGGCUGGCCAACGGGCGCAAGCGUCGCCUAAAAAAGCGCGUGCGCAGCGGUGCCAAGACGCGAAGCAAUUGGAAGAGCGCACAGGAAUCGCGCGAGAGCAAUAUUGCCUUGGCCACCACCAGCAAAGAUCAGGACUCCGGCUUCGAGCCAAGUCCGCGUGCGGAGCGCACCAAAAUACCCACGCCGCGCACAGCCCAUACGGCCAUGCCGCGCCGGCCUAUCUAUGCGACCCUGGACGGGCGCUCCUGCAGCAGUCGCCUGGAGAAUCGAAAGCCGGGCGAUAAGGGUGCCUGUGAUAUGGGCGCCGUGACACGCUCCAUCCAGCGGAAUAUUCGCAGAUACUACAUGGAGCGCAAGAUCUUCCAGCAUCUGCUGGAGCUCAAGUCGCUACAAAUACGCUCAAACAAGCUGAACGAAGCGGUGCUGGUGAAGCGCGCCGUUGACGACUAUCACAAAUCGUGCGUGCUGCUGGGCGGCGAAACUGGCACAAGGCUCCGGCGUUACAAUUUCAGCGAAUAUACGUUUAAGAAUUUUGAGCUGUUUCUCUACGAGACGCUCAAGGGAUUGCAGAAGCCGGGCACCAACAACUUUCAGAACAUCAACGAGGUUUACGAGGAGGCGGAGCGUAGGCUAAGCCCCGACUACAAUGCGUACGAAAAGGCGCUGCAGUGCACCACCAAGACACAUCGUUGCCUCCAUGCAGCCCACGCCUAUACGGGCAUACCCUGCGCCGCCUACAUUCCCAUGAUGAAUCACCACACGAUGCCCAAGUUUGGAUUUGGACCGUACAAAAAGGCCGGCAGCGUUAGCAGUUUUUAUCUGCCAAAAAUACUGACCACUGGUCGCGCCUCCAGCGGGCGGGUCGGUGUUGGCGUUGGAGUCGAUGUCGGCUUUGGCGGCAGCGGCAAGUGCAGCCACAAAGUUGCUCUAGAGCUGUCACACGGAAAGAGCAAACAACUAAUUUCACUGCCAGCGGACAAGUUGGACAGCAAUAAACGCUACUAUGUGACGUUCACAGUUAAGGAUUCUCCGGGGCAGUUCGCUACCAAAGAGGCGCAUAAACAAAACCAACCACAACAUCACCAGCAACAACAACAACAACAACAACAACAACAUCCACAGUAAUCAGGCUUUGCUGCCAGUGAUCCGAAUGGCAAGUAGCACGCGGCGUAUACGUAAUGCGAGAUAGCCUCAGCCGCGGGCCUUCGCUGCUGUCGCCUGGCAUGACUUUUUCCAAACGCAGCGUGCUUGUACGCUGCUUCUGCAUCAGCCACAGAGCAACACGCAUCAGCCAUCACCAUCUGCAUCAGCAUCAGCAUCAGCAUCAGCGUCAGUGUUGCUGCGCCAAAUGCAUUAAAACAAUGCGACAUUUUUGCUUCACUUUUUAUGUCUUUUGUGCGACCGCCCGCUGUCCGACUGUUUUUGUAUUUUGACUUUUUGUUCAACUCUUUUUUUGUUGUUUUCAUUAUUGUUGUUGCUUUUGGUUUUGUUUGUGUCCUGCGCUUGCUUCCUGUGUUUUUUUUACUUGUUUUUUUGCUGCUUUGCAGCACUUUAAGAUGGCCAACUGCUGAUAAUGGAUGAUGGCGCGCAGCGCUAUGCUCAGUGCUGCGGCUGUCAGUUGAAGUUGUCACGCCAGCAGCGUCAGCGGCAACAGCAGCUUGAAUUACUUAUGCCGCCCCCUGUCUCGCACCCCCUGGCCCUACGGCCGCUACAGCUCCCUCUGCUAUGCAGCACUGUUCAGUUCAGUUCUGUUCUGUUUUGUUUGCUGUUCGGCUAUUCGGCGCUGUUGUUGCGCUUUUAUUUCAGUUUUUCAUUAUCAUCAUUUUUUUUUUCUUGUUUUAUUUGUUAUAUUUUUUUUUAUAAAUUUUUUUGUUGCUUCUGCUAUUGCUGUGUACGCUGCUAAUGCUACAGAUAAGCGUUGUUAUUAACGCUCGGCUUACCAGCACGACGCAGCAGCAGCAAGCAUGAGGAGUCGUCUCCUUGCCGCGCUUGUUGCCUUUGUCCUUGCUUAAAAGCAACAGCAAAAGCAGCGGCAGCGGCGGCGAAUGAAUAAAUGUAAAGUAUGUACCGUGCAUUUCUUUGGCAUUUCAACAUUUUUACUUUAUUUGGAAUUUUAUUUACUUGUCUGCUUGCGCGCCCCAUUCAAGCUGUUUGUUUCUAUACUCUAACCAUUGGCUAAAAGGGUAUGAGCAUAUUCCACAGUUAAAUGCACAGAAGCUUUAGUAGACUUAGAUGUAGAUAGUCUAGCACUUUACUAAGCAUGCCUGUCGGGAUAUCAGCCAAUUAUUUCGUAUAAUAUUUAAGGCAAUAUCAUAGUACUCAACUUGGUGGAGGUAUAUUCUGGCCGAUCAUUUGACUUUUGCAGCCGGUGUGUCUGCAUUCGCUUCGCAUUGGGUGCAUUGUAAAUGGAGAAUAAUUGCGUUCAGCACAAAAAGUCCAGAUUUGCAAAUUGUGUUAAGCGACAAACAACAAGCCAUAAACAGAAAAAGGUUAUAAAAAAAAAUAAAUUCGCUUUAUAAAAUAAAUAUAAAACAUAUUUAAAAAAUGAAAAGCUGAUGAAUAAAAGCCGCGAGCUACGCGUUUUAAAGAGUUUACGUCUAGAUUUAAGGCAGCUGUUGCAAAUAAACGUUGGAAAUGUCUAUA